GACAACAAGUUAACAAGUAUGUACACAGAAAAGAACACCUUCAUAGAACGAACAAUCAGCCUGUCUGUGUCUGUCCUCUGCAAAGCCAUGUGGCUCUACCUGGCAGUGUUCGUGGGCCUGUACUACCUUCUGCACUGGUACCGGGAGAGGCAGGUGCUGAGCCACCUGAGAGAUAAGUAUGUGUUCAUCACGGGCUGUGACUCUGGCUUCGGGAACCUGCUGGCCAGACAGCUGGAUGCACGAGGCUUGCGGGUGCUGGCUGCGUGUCUGACGGAGAAAGGAGCCGAGCAGCUGAGGGGCCAGACUUCAGACAGGCUGGAGACAGUGACCCUGGAUGUCAGCAAGACAGAGAGCGUUGCUGCAGCCGCCCAGUGGGUGAAGGAGUGCGUGGGAGACAAAGGACUCUGGGGCCUGGUGAAUAAUGCUGGCAUCUCCUUGCCCACGGCCCCCAAUGAGUUGCUCACCAAGCAGGACUUUGUGACCAUACUGGACGUGAACUUGUUGGGGGUGAUUGAUGUGACUCUGAGCCUGCUGCCCUUAGUGAGGAAGGCCAGGGGCCGUGUGGUCAACGUCUCCAGUGUCAUGGGCCGGGUGUCACUUUUUGGUGGAGGCUACUGCAUCUCCAAGUAUGGCGUGGAAGCCUUCUCCGACUCCCUCAGGAGGGAACUCUCCUAUUUUGGGGUGAAGGUGGCUAUGAUUGAACCUGGCUAUUUCAAGACUGCUGUGACCAGUAAGGAGAGAUUCUUAAAGAGCUUCCUGGAGAUUUGGGACCGGUCCAGUCCAGAGGUCAAGGAGGCCUAUGGCGAGAAGUUUGUUGCAGACUAUAAGAAAUCAGCUGAACGAAUGGAGCAGAAGUGCACACAGGAUCUGUCCUUGGUGACCAACUGCAUGGAGCAUGCGCUGAUUGCCUGCCAUCCCCGCACUCGCUACUCAGCUGGCUGGGAUGCCAAGCUUCUCUACCUCCCCAUGAGCUACAUGCCCACCUUCCUGGUGGAUGCCAUUAUGUACUGGGGCUCUCCAAGCCCGGCCAAGGCUCUAUGAAGCCAAGGCUUGGAUGCGUGGUUGCAUGGAUUUGGGGUGUGCUGUGAGGGGUGAUGUAUCCUUGGGAGAGAUAUAAAGUGGAGGGAGGGAGCUGUCAAGUCAGUAGGGCACCAAUCCCUCCUCCUUCAUUACCUCCUGGCCAUGAUUCUCCUGGGAGAUAAUUCUGCUCUCUGGAGAUGUUGGUGGGAAAGUUUCAAGUUAUACAGCUGAGAAACAGGGACCAAAUAGUGGUCCUGGGUGCAUUGUCACCAUGGGUGGCCACUCAAGGGUCCAAGCCUCUUGGGCCAUCCUUGGGCUAACAACUGGGGUGGGUGUGAGCAGGUGGAAGGAGCCUCAGCCCAUGCCAUUACCUCCUGCUUCCUUAUCAGGCUGUGUGUUAAUUCUGGGCCAGUCUACACCCUCCCACGGGGUGGAAAUGGCCUGGAGGAUGUGAGGGCACCCCUCCUCUGAAGAUCCCUGUACACGUGGUGUUGGAACUGGAACCGUUAUGCACCCCCAUAGGCCUCAGGAGUCAUCCCAGAAGCAGUGGCUGGGAGGUGGUGUCCUAAGUAAGGAUCUGUGCAGAGGACAAAUAAAUCAGUUUUUGAUUUGUCU